CUUGUUUUCGUUUGUUGUUUUUGACUUAAGUGAAAUAAUCAAAUAAAAUUUUAAUACUUUGUGCUAAUAAUUAAGCUAAAUUAAAAAAUGGGAAUCGGUCAAGUAUUAAAGAAGGUCGAUGCAUUUCCAAAACUCAUCGAUAUUGAAGUCAAUAAGACAUUUAGCGGUGCACUUUUGACCAUCAUUAGCGGUGUUUUUAUGUUUGUUCUUGUCAUGUCAGAGCUGAGUGCAUACAUGUCACCAAAUGUAAAUGAAGAACUUUUUGUGGACACAACAAGAUCACACAAAUUGAAAAUAAAUUUAGAUAUUUAUGUACCGAGAAUAUCUUGUGAUUAUCUCUCAUUGGAUGCGAUGGAUUCCACAGGUGAGCAGCACCUUCACAUUGAGCACAACAUCUUCAAACGGCGAAUGAGUUUAGAUGGACAUCCAAUAGAGGAAGCAAAAAAGGAAGAGAUCCAAUCAUCGACAACAAAAAAGCUAAAUCAGACAAUUGAAGAAGUUCCAAAAUCAGAGGAGGUAAAGAAAGAAAAAGUUGAUGAGCCUCCAAAAUGUGGAAGUUGCUAUGGUGCUGAAUAUAAUAAGACUCACUGCUGUACUACAUGUCAAGAUGUUAUUGAUGCAUACAGAGACAAACGAUGGAAUCCAGACACAGAUAAAUUUGAGCAGUGCAUAGGGGAGAAAAAGACCGAGAAUGAGUUCGCGAAGAAGGCUCUGGAUGAAGGUUGCAAUAUUUUUGGAUAUUUAGAAGUAAAUCGAAUGGGUGGAAGUUUCCACAUUGCACCUGGUCGAUCAUUCAGCAUCAAUCAUAUUCAUGUUCAUGAUGUUCAACCAUUUUCAUCCACAACAUUCAACACAAGUCAUGUAAUAAGACGAUUAACAUUUGGUGAAGAGUUUGGGUUUGGACAGACAAAUCCACUAGACAAUAUGGAAGUGACAGCAAAGGAUACAGCAAUAAUGUACAAUUACUACAUCAAAAUAGUUCCAACAAUGUACGUCCCACAAGGAGAUGUAGCUGGAACAAUUCACACAAAUCAAUUUUCAGUGACAACACAUCAAAAGACAGCUCAGUCAAGUGGUGGAGAAUCAACAAUGCCUGGAAUAUUCUUUUCAUAUGAGCUAUCACCACUGAUGGUGAAGUACACAGAAAAAUCAAAUAGUUUUAGUCACUUUUUAGUUAAUAUCUGUGGAAUUAUUGGUGGAAUAUUUACAGUCGCUGGAUUAGUCGACAGUGUUUUACAUCGAGUUGAGAAACAAAUACGAAGAAAAAUGGAACUAGGAAAAUUUACAUAAAUUUUUUUUAUUAUUAUCUGUUGAUUUUAUUAUGUGUGUACUGGAUGAUGAGCAGCAUCAAAGUUUCCAGGAUCAAAACUUUCCAAAAUUUAAAAAUUAUUCUAAGGAACAUUUACUUAUGACGUCCAAAUUUAACGGUCAUUGUUCAAAGGAGAACAAUGGAUUUAUAGGAAUUUCUAUUAAUCUUUUCUUGCUGAACACCCCUGGACUUCAUAAGUGAACGGCUCUUAAAGCAAAAUUGACACGAAAUCUCCACUGCAAAAUUGAUUUUUUUGACAAACUUUUUAUAAAUGCAUUUAAAAACUUUUUAUAUUAUUCUAUUCUGCACACGUGUAUGAAUGAUUUUUUUAUGUGUUAAAUAGUCUGAUUAUUUUUAAAGGAUUGAAUGAAUUGAAUAAAAUCUCAUUUAAUUUAUAAA